AUGACAAUCAGGCAAUGAUUGUGUUGUUUUAAAGUCUAAAGUUUCACAUUUGUCUUAUCUCAAAGUCACUCCUUAAAGUAAACAGAUCUUCUUGGAUGUGUUCUCCUUCAGCUGAGGAUCUAGGCAAUUAUUUGCAGCCUUUUGUGCAAUCACUGGACAGGAGCAAAAAUAUUUGGAGCUGGUCCAUUAUGAGCCCUUGAAAUUAGUCAUGCAGGCUGCUGACCCACAUUUGGGACAAGGAAGUUGUAAAAAAAAAAAAAAAGAAAAAGAAAAAACAGAGGAAGUGCGUGGGGAAGUACUUAAGGGGAGAGAACAAAAGUCUGUAGCUUCUUGUUUUUUGUUUUUUUUUUGCUCCUGAUUUAAAGUGCCAUUCUCCUGUAUGGACUCAGGGACUGUUUCAAAUAAAUGGUUAGUAAAAUGAUAAACAGGGUCAGACAGGCUAAUCUGCAGGCAGGGAGGAGGCACCAUUUACCCUUUACAUGUGAUGUGCCUUAAUGCACCAGUAGAACCUGUAAGGGCGAUCAUUUGUCAUCAUGUCAGCUCCAGUUUUCAGAGUUUUUGCGCCGGUUUCUUUCAAAUAUGUAGCUUAAUAGAAUAAAUAAUAAAAAAAAUGUCGGUGCGCUCCCGUGGCCAAGUGGCUCCACUUCAGACUGUACCAUCCCAAGAGUCCAACUGUAUCGCAACAUACAUACACUUCCUGCUCUAAUGACAUUUAGUGGGGUGCUCUUAUGCAUUAAGCACGUGUUAAAGAUUACAAUCUGCCCCCUCCUGCCGGCCACCGCAGGUUUCUUUCGGUCGCAGCCGCCUGCUUAUGCUGCUACCGCCGCUUGCUGCCGUCGUUAGCCGAGUAUUGAGCUACCAGCUGACCUACUUUCUCUGCUCUCGGUCCUGUUUACAAGCCCCUGCCAGCGGAGGAUGUGGAGUACAGUGCCUGGAAAAUAGACGGACACGGCGUAGGGAAAGGGCACGAGUGGGAAAUUUGCGGUGGAAAUUCGGUGCGUCAAAGGCGCGGACGGGAGCUCACCGGAGAUUAAUAAACGGCGCGUUAUUAAUUUAGGCGCUGUUAUGCAAUUUGACGCUUUCGGUGCUCUCGCCUGCUGGUCGGCUGCUAUGCCGUGAAAAGAAAAAAGAGGAAAAAAAAUGUUUAAAGUUAAGUGUGGACCUUCGUUCUUCCUGCCGGAGAAUCGAUUUCAAGGAUUUGGCAUUUCUUUGGUGGAAUCGAGGAGGCGGUGGGCGACUGGUCCGUGGUAGGUCUUUCUAAAAGAGUGUUCAGACGAGGUCAGCGCGGAUGGGACUUAAAAGACUUCAGAAGGGGCCUGGUUGGAAGAGGGAGUGAGUAUGGACAACCUUUCUGACUUCGGUGGCCCCUGUCCGUCCUCCCGCAGGGACUGGGACACCAACAGCUGCGUGGAAGAUGAAGAUGACAAGGACAGGGCAAAAAGGGCAUCCCGAAACAAAUCGGAAAAGAAAAGAAGAGACCAAUUCAAUGUGCUCAUCAAAGAGCUGUGCACCAUGCUGCAGGGUCAAGGUCAUCCACGCAAGAUGGAUAAGUCCACCAUACUGCAGAGGACGAUCGACUUCUUGCAGAAGCAGAAAGACAUCACUGCACAGAAUGAAACUUGUGAUGUGAGGCAGGACUGGAAGCCUUCGUUCCUCAGUAACGAGGAGUUCACUCAGCUGAUGCUGGAGGCCCUGGACGGUUUCCUGGUUGCAUUAACUACAGAUGGCAACAUUAUAUACGUGUCUGACAGCGUGUCUUCACUUAUUGGCCAUUUACCGUCAGAUAUGGUGGACCAAAAUAUCUUGAAUUUCCUCCCGGAGCGUGAACACGGGGAGGUGUAUAAGCUGCUAUCAUCCCACAUGCUGAUGACUGACCCCAUUGCUGCUGACUUCCUUGACAGUGAGGCACAUAUUGAAUUUUGCUGUCAUCUAGCCAGAGGUAACAUCGACCCAAAGGAGCCACCUGUGUAUGAGUAUGUCAAGUUUGUUGGGGAUUUCAAGUUUCAUAACAAUGUGCCUACGUCUUCUUGUAACGGGCUUGAGUUGACGUUACCAAGAAGUCUGCAGUCAUCGCUGGAGGAGCAGGUCUGCCUCAUUGCUACUGUACGAUUAGUCACUCCACAGUUUCUAAAGGAUUUGUGUAAUGUGGACGAUCCUUGUGAUGAAUUCACUUCUAGACACAGCCUGGAGUGGAAGUUCCUGUUUUUAGAUCACAGAGCUUCACCAAUCAUAGGCUAUUUACCCUUCGAGGUUCUUGGAACUUCUGGCUAUGAUUACUAUCAUGUGGAUGACUUGGAGCUCAUAGCUCAGUGUCACAACCAAUUAAUGCAGUUUGGAAAGGGUAAAUCCUGCUAUUAUCGCUUCCUGACCAAAGGCCAGCAGUGGAUUUGGUUGCAGACUCACUACUACAUUACUUACCACCAGUGGAACUCCAAACCUGAGUUCAUUGUCUGUACUCACACUGUCGUCAGUUAUGCUGAGGUGCGAGCUGAGAGGAGGAGAGCGUUAGGUCUUGAAGAGCUGUCUCCGCCUGAGAUCGCUCCGUCCUCUGUGAAGGCUCAGGAGCUGUACUUGGACAUCUGCUCCACACUGGACGCUCCACGGGACAGAAACAGCGGUGCACGUUCGGUGUCCUCCCACAGCUCCCGGAAGUCCUCCCACACAGCGCUGUCAGAUUCUGCAUCUAACUCCUACACUGAUGCCUGCACACCGUCAUGGCAGUCUGCUUCCAUUGGACCAGAGAAGACGUCUGUCAGACUCCAACCGAGCAGUUCAAAGAAUUUGGCACAAAGACAAAAUUCCUUUGACCUUGUUCCCCAAAUGAGCCUCCCCCUUUCUCCUACCUGCAGCAAGCACUCCGCAAUGCAACAGCAGUCACAGCAGCAUCAGCAGCAGUCCUCCAUGUAUCAGCUGCAGCAGCCUCAGCUCGGCGUAAUGAACCAGCUGAAGGAGCAGCUGGAGGAGAGGACGCGCAUCCUGCAAGCUGACAUUAAGACGCAGCAGCAGGAGCUGCACGACAUUAAGGAGAAGCUUCAGCUCGCAAAUCUACAGAUGUUGUUACAGCAGCCUCUCCACAAUGACUUUGGCCAGGUGCAGCAGCAGCAGCAGCCUCAGCAGCAGGGUCCGGGCAGGCCGGCCCAGCAGAGCCAGGGCUCGGGGGUCAUCAGGCAGCUCUCAGGCCACCCGAAACCACCAGUCUGCGGGUCUCACAGCUCGUCGCCUCACUCACUCCUGAGAGAGAACAGCUCGCCGUCCACGCAGGUCCAGCAGAGGAUUCCCCGAAGCGGACAGGCACCGUCGGUGAGUUUACCUGUGCAGACAAACACGAGUCUGACGAUGCCCUUCUACAGCAACCCCAUGAUGUUCUCUCAGACCAACACAAGGCCUCAGCAUGAUGCAAACCAAAGACACACAGAGAACCAGUUCAGCCCAGAUGGACAACUACGAAUGCUCCUCAACCAACCAGUGCAGACGCUGGUUCCCACUAGCAGCGUCACCACGCAGCCUUCCCAGUGCAACAUGGGCCUCUCCCAAACCAUAUACACCUUGGAGCAGCAGAUCAUCGCCCCCUCAUUCUCCAUGCAACAGGUCAACUGCAACGCCGUCCUCGUGCCCUCUCCGGUCUUCACGUCCCCCAUAAUGAUCCCACACAACAGCUUCAUGACGCAUCAGUCCCAGUCAGCCUACAACGCUCAGCCUCAGUCCUCUCAGCACUCCCUGCAGCUCCAGCAGCCCCAGCAGUUCUUUCAGAUGACUCAAGGACUCGUACAAGGUGGAUCUACUCCAACUUUCUUACACACCACUAAUGUCCCGCAGCAAAACACUGUGGGAUACAUUCAACAGCAGCAGCAGCAGCAGUCACAGCAACUGGCGCUUUCACAGCAGCAGCAGCCGCAACAGCAGCAAAGGCAAUACCAACAUUCCCAAAACCAGACUGGCAGCGUUUCAGACUUCCAGAACCUGUUGAAUCGGUAGCGCUGUGGACUCAGUUGGAGCGCCAAGAUCUGCGUCUGCGGAGUCGCCCUGCAGGUGGCAGCACGUUGUGGCAUUUGGAAGUCAAACUUGACAAGUUCGGCAGCGGAAAAUGCUUGACAGUGGAAAAAAAAAAUGGUUGUAGUGACCGUACUUCUGAUGUGAAGCUCAGAAGAAGCUGACCUGUCGGUCGCUGGGUGGAACCACAAGCAGAGGCUGCACUGAGCUGACGUCACCUGCAGGAUCUGAAGAGAGCCUGAGCUGCUGGGCUUCAUCAACAGGCCGCGCCGCCGUCAGUUGUCAUCAGCAAAAGUGCUGGAACAAGUGGAUUAUCAAAAAGCUCUUAAGACACUUUCACAUGUUUACAUGUGGAAGUUUUCGUCUACCAGAGUUUCCUCCUAAGUGUCUUUUUGCACUUUGGUACCACCCCCUACCUGAAAGUAGAAUAUUUAUUUUGCCCACGAAUUAAUGCUCUAUUUUGUCCACUAAUAAUGGUUUAAUAUUGAGAUUAUUUUUCAAAUCUACUGCUUGACACCCCUCCCCACUGACAAACCGUCAUUGCCCCUGAUAAGAUUUUUAUUUCCAGUGAAAAUGGCUCAUCUCAUAAAGGGAUUUGUGUAUAUGGGAACUCUGCACCAAGGUACAUGUCAGCUGGCAGACAUUAGAGCACUCCAUUUAUAUCCCCACAACGAUUUACUUACACGCAUGUUCACUAGAGAGGGGCUUGAUUGUGAAACAUGCAGUGGUGAGAUGACGUCAUAUCAACAGUCAGGUUUGGUAGGAGUUUCGAUGGAACAGUGGUAAACUCGGGGUGAUUAUCUCCAAUUAUUUGAAAGGUCUAUCUAGAUUUUUAAAGCCUCAAUCUGGGAGUGAAGAGGGGGUCUCACAGAGAAUGACAACAAAGCUCUGAAGUUGUGCUUUCAGAUGAGCUGUGCAGCCCGAGUCCUUGUGUGGUAAACAGCUGCCAGAGAGGAGGGAAAAAUUGUGCCUUCAGCUGUGGUGCGUCCACAGUGCGGUUUGAUGGUUUUGUCUGAUUACGGCUUUAAAAAUCCAGCUCAGGUCCAUUUGGAAUACAAAGUUCUAUUUUCAUAAAGUCCUAAUUUAUUAUAUUCCACAUCAGAUAUGAAUAAAAGACAUCUAGAUUUGUAUUGGAUAUAUAACAAAUAUAUAUUGGAUGAUUUUUGCAACCUUACCAGUAAAUAAGUCCCAACUUUGUAAUGAUAGUAAUUCAUAAGAUUCAUUUAUCUAUGAAACCCUACUAAAAUCAUUUCAUGUUUUAUUUAUUACAUAUAUAUUUGAAACAAUAUGUGGGAUUAAGAAACUAGUUUUAUACACACAGGUUAGAACAGAUUUUUUUUGUGUUCUUUUAGACAUUGAAAGGUCAACACUGGUCCUUGUGUCUUGCCCCAUCAUGGUUUAAUGCAGACUGUUUUCAGCACGCCGCCACUCAUCUGUGUGUGGCUAAUUGUAGUUUUGCACCACAAUACAACAAACUGCUGCAGAAGUGGAAGCUUUGUGAUUUGAUUUUCUUGAUCUGUCUGUCUGCUACAUGAACAGCAUUAUCAUCAUCUCUAGCAUGGUCAGUUUUUUCUGUUUAUUUGAACAUUCAAGAAGAAAAAAAUGUCGCUCCUACAAUGACCAAUUGAACUGAUUUAAUCAAAAUCAGUAUAUUGCUUGCUGACAAUUAAUUUACCUUAAGAGUAUAUAGCAGCCUCUACUGCAUUAAUUGUCACAGAGCUGCAGUGAUGGAAAAAAAUGACAUUAUUGCAAGUAUUAGCAUUGAUAGUUCACACAUCUGGAAGUCAGGCCUUCCACUGUUUCAAGAUGCUACAGUGUUUUUUAUGCUGUACUGAUUUUUCUAUGACAAUCUUUAGAGUUUGUGUUAUUUUGGAAAAAAAAAAAACAUGUUUAUGUUACUUUGGGCAAGGAAAUCAAGCUGUGAUAUGUUCAACUGCUAAUCAGCUCUACCAACUGCACUCCAGUACCAGUCAGUCUGAAUAUACUCCCACUCAUCUCUGUGUAUUUGAGUUAAAUAUUUAAAAGGGUUUUUUUUCCAUAGAAAUAAUCCAUUCUUGCCUUAUAAUGGCUCAGAUUUAACUGUACACUGUUACCUCUUCCCCCACCUCUUACUCCACCCAACCCUACGCUAAUCAAUGCCCCCUGAGCACACCAGCUCACCCGUGACUCUGUAAAACUACUUUACAAUAAAAAGUUGUAAUAUUGCAGCCAUACAUGUUUGAUCCCGAAACAAAUUCUGAAGAUGAUGAUACAGAAAAGUUUCAUCUUGGAAGUUAACCAGAUUGGUUCCUGGUUUGUUAGAAUAGAAUAGAAAAGAAUAGCCUUUAUUGUCAUUGUACACAAAAGUUGUACAACGAAAUGAAUUGGUGGGAGCAUCUCACCAAGCAAUAGACAUGAUGUUACAUAUGAAAACAUAAAUUUGAAUCCUUGUUUUUAAGACGCUGCAGUUUCAAGGUGGAAAAUUUCAGCCAUGGUGUUGACUGCUUACUUCCCUCACAAUGUGUCUUGUAGUAUAUAAAACCACCAUAUGGACUGCUAACAAGGCAAAAAAAACCCCAAACAAGAUAUUCGGCAUUGUGAUACGAUUUGGACGACAGUUGUUACAAAAAGAGGAUUUGAGUGUUUUGGAGAAGCCAGAUUAGCAGUUGAACAAUGUGCAGGAGGAAAAUGCACUAAAGAACAUAUGGACAUCUUUUAUUAAUGACAACGUACAACAGUACACUGUAUAGAAACUGCCUGUGUAGCAGUUUGUAUUCAUACUAAAUUAUUCCCUAGGAAAAAAACAACAUACAAGUCAAUGUUUGCUGAAAUUCUCACUGUGCAUCUUGUGCUACACCUCAUAAAAAGCCACCCGUAACGCUUAAUGCGGCAGUUUGGUCAGUUUAGUCCCAUUUAAGACUGGUGCUGUUCAUUCUGGACGACAAGACACAAAUGUCAGUUUCACUUUCAGCAUGUAUGUUCAGUGCCGUUUUUCACUUUUCUAUGUGCAAUGUCAAUUUGAAGAGAAGAAUGUUAAUUUAUACUGUUUUAAAUGUUUCAGGACAGAUGUACGAUGUAUAUAGAGGUGUAUAAUAAGCCGUUGUACCAUGUAAAUUAUAUGGAAGUAUUUUUUUAAUGAAAAUGUCCUAACAUUCCUUCAGCUGUUGGUAUCAGCAGUACCUUUUUUUUCUUAAAAAAGGUACAAGAUGUGUCCACUGAAGACUAUGAUUACACAGGAUUAUGUCUGCAUGGGAAUGUGUUGGUUUCUCCCAAACGACAGAUAAAACAUGAUAACCAAACACAGACACUCUGGAGUAAAGGGUCAUAUGAUCACCUUGAUAAUGAAAAAAGAAAAAAAAAAGAUGAAAUGAAGAACACGAAUCCUUGGAGCAGGGUGCAGUAACUGCUGCUGAGUCUUUAAACUGUAAUUCAGCCAAAACUGAAAGAAGUCACAAGAAAAAGUGCAAUUGUACAUCAUCAUCAUCAUCAAACCUUUUAUUUUUUUUUAAUGGCUGAAGCAAGUCUCAGUCUCCCUUUAUUCAUCUUUAUGCUUCCACAAGUUUGGCAAAGGAACAGUAAAGUGACUGCCACUGUGACGGUUCAUCUCCGCUAGCGACUCAGAGGUGCCAUAGAAACUGUAUGUUUUUUUUCAUUAAUCCAUAUUAUUCAACUACUGAAUAAAAAAAAAAAUCUCAUGAAAUGUGUGAAAAAAAAGUAAUUUUGCAGAGGCAGUGGCAGUAAAAUUCCUCAUUGACUUUAUUUUCCAUCUACACGCAUCAUUCAGAGAAGUUUUGUGUCCAUGUCUGUAUACAAAAAUAACUGUUAUGUUGUUUCACCUUGCAAAGGUAGUUGAGGGAAAUUCUGCUCAUUAAAUUCCACUGUGCUCCAUCUAAAUUAUUUUGCUUCGGAUGUGAGAUGAUUUUUCGUGUAUUUUUCACUGUUGUAAAUAAUCCAUCCGCUCAGUCGGUACUGUUUUUCUUUGUAGUUGAGUUAAACUCUCUCCCCAACAGUCCGCAUUCUUUUUUUUUCAUUCAACCUUCAGAAUGCUUUUCUUCUUCAUGGGUUUUUUUUUUUCAUUUUUGAGUGUCACUGUUUUUUGAAGGUAUGUGAAUUUAAUCACAUUUAACUUGUUUUUUUUCUGAUUUGUAAAAUAAUGACUGGCACCUUAAGAGUGAGGGUGUUCAGUCAGAUCAAUGCUUUCUGUGUAAGAUUUGCCAGGACAUGAACAAAACAAACCUGGUAUACAGCCAUUUCUGCAGUUUCAGUGCAGAAACAAACAUUGAAUAUAUUGUAUAAUAGAAUGUACAAAAAAAAAGUUUAGGCUACAUAGUUGUUUAUUUUAUAUGUCUAAUAGAUUACAUAUGUAUGUUACAUGAUUUUAAAAUUAAAGUAAUUUUGUAACAGAUAAUGAAGUGUCUUAUUAGAGGAGGUGAGGCUUUUUUUUGCGUUCCAAGUUGGUGUUGCACAGUCACUUGUAUGGCUUGUUUUCUUUCUGUAUUUACCAUCAAAAUAAGCUUUAAAAUAUUGUUAACAUUGUUUUAAAAGAAAUUUACAAAUUAAGUUUACAUUCUAAAAUAUCUUGAUAUUAACUAUGAUAUAUUGAAUUAUUUAUAAAUCAACCUGGAUAUUGUGAAAUAUUUGAAAAUAAAUAUUUUUAAACAUA